UCAAUCAUCUCUUAACGUCAAGAUUAUGAAGCUUUUAUUUGCUUUCUUUAUACUCUCAUUACUACUAUUGCUUCUGUUUGCAGGAAGCAUUGAUGGGAGAAAAGAGCUUGGAGAGUAUCGGAAGAAUGCAAUGACAGAGCAGCCUAUGGCAGAAGUUAUUAGGGACCUUGUUCCUGCAAAUCAUCAGGAGGACACCAAUUCUAACGCUAAAAAGUUUUUUGUUGAUGACUUGUCUCAGCCCUACGGUGUAUUUGGAUGGAUUAAAAAUAAGCCUAAAGAAGGGAGAAAAGAGGCUGGAGGGUAUUGGAAGAAGAUGAUGAAAGAGGAGCCUAUGCCUGAGAUUUUUCAAGAGCUUCUUGCUAAUAUUCAUCAGAAGGGCGCCAAUCUUAACGCUGAAAACCUUUUUGUUGAUGACUUGUCUCAGCCCUACGGUGUAUAUGCAUGGAUUAAAAAGAAGCCUAAAGAAGGGAGAAAAGAGGCUGGAGGGUAUUGGAAGAAGGUGAAGAAAGAGCAGCCUAUGCCUGCAGAAGAUCUCGUUCAUAACCAUGCAGAAGCAGAAAACAAUGCUAAUGCUAAAGAAGAGAAGCCUAGUUUUAGCAAUGGUGAGUCAAGCCCAAGGCACUGUGAUGAUGAGGAAUCAUCUCCAUCUGAAGCCAAUCAGUUUGGUAUUAAGGAUAAUCCGAUCGAGAAGGUCACCGCAAACUAGCUAAUUAAGAUGAUGAAAUUAAUAACUAUCUUAAGUUAUGUUGUAUUGUACUUGUGCCCUAUCUUCUCAUUUUGAGGCGUGUAAGACAAUAAUAAAUAAG